CUAAAUUGGAGGAUUCGGUUAUUAUUUUUGGUGUGAAGACUUCAUCACUGCCAUCUAUAUGCUCAUUUGUCCACCUCCAAGAAAUAAUACAGCUCAUCAGUGGCAAUAACUGCUUUUGGUAUACACUGACAUUUAUUUGAAAAAACAAAUAUACGAAAAAAAACCCCAAAGGACAAAACCCAACAAACCUUUUGAAGACUUGUGUCAAAUGACGUCAAUGGCCAGUUUGUUCUCCUUUACUAGCCCAGCUGUAAAGCGUCUAUUGGGCUGGAAACAAGGGGAUGAAGAGGAAAAAUGGGCAGAAAAAGCUGUUGAUGCUUUGGUAAAAAAGCUGAAAAAGAAAAAGGGUGCUAUGGAAGAACUGGAGAAAGCCUUGAGCAGUCCAGGACAGCCCAGCAAGUGUGUUACUAUCCCCCGCUCGUUGGAUGGACGACUUCAGGUUUCUCACAGAAAAGGCCUUCCCCAUGUAAUUUACUGUCGGGUUUGGCGUUGGCCUGAUCUACAAAGCCAUCAUGAGCUGAAGCCAUUGGAUAUUUGUGAAUUUCCUUUUGGAUCUAAACAGAAGGAAGUCUGCAUCAAUCCAUACCACUAUAAGAGGGUGGAGAGCCCAGUUCUACCUCCAGUGUUAGUGCCUAGACAUAGCGAAUUCAAUCCACAGCACAGUCUACUAGUUCAGUUCAGGAACCUAAGCCACAAUGAACCACACAUGCCACACAACGCAACAUUUCCAGAUUCUUUCCAGCAGCCCAACAGCACUCCAUUUUCCAUUUCGCCAAACAGUCCCUAUCCACCUUCUCCAGCCAGCAGCACUUACCCAAGCUCCCCAGCUAGCUCUGGACCAUCUAGUCCAUUUCAGCUACCGGCUGAUACUCCACCUCCUGCAUAUAUGCCCCCUGAUGAUCAGAUGGGGCAGGAUAAUUCUCAGUCUAUGGACACAAGCAAUACAAUGAUCCCUCAAAUCAUGCCAAAUUUAUCUACCAGAGAUGUUCAGCCUGUUGCCUAUGAAGAACCCAAACACUGGUGUUCAAUUGUGUAUUACGAAUUAAAUAAUCGUGUUGGGGAGGCUUUUCAUGCAUCUUCUACAAGUGUCUUAGUAGAUGGGUUUACAGAUCCCUCCAAUAACAAAAACAGGUUCUGCUUAGGUUUGCUCUCAAAUGUUAAUCGCAACUCAACGAUUGAGAACACUAGACGACAUAUUGGAAAAGGAGUUCAUCUCUACUAUGUUGGUGGGGAAGUCUAUGCCGAGUGUUUAAGUGAUAGCAGCAUAUUUGUACAGAGCAGGAACUGCAACUACCACCACGGCUUUCAUCCAACAACUGUAUGCAAGAUUCCUAGUGGAUGCAGUCUGAAAAUUUUUAACAAUCAGGAGUUUGCUCAGCUUUUAGCUCAGUCUGUCAACCAUGGAUUUGAAGCGGUAUAUGAGCUCACCAAAAUGUGCACCAUUCGAAUGAGUUUUGUAAAGGGCUGGGGAGCCGAGUAUCACCGACAAGAUGUCACGAGCACCCCAUGCUGGAUAGAAAUUCAUCUUCACGGGCCCCUUCAGUGGCUGGAUAAAGUACUUACACAAAUGGGUUCUCCUCUUAAUCCCAUCUCAUCUGUUUCAUAGUGCUGAAAUUCUAUCUUCAGCCUUAUUUUUAGCGAACUUAUUCUAAUUCUAGAGAAACUUCCAGUGUGGAUACUGUGAGCUAUGUGGAGAGUGGAUCUUAUGGUUUAACUUUUUUUUUUAAAUCCCUUUGUGACCAAUGCCAUUGUGUAUAGCUAAUCAGUUUUACAUUUCAAUUUGUUGUUGUGAUGCUUAAGUGACAGUUGAGCCCUAAGGGAGAAAAAGUCUAUUGAAAAAUUCAGAAUGCUUUUCCCCUCCUUCCCCUAGAACUUACAGGCAUAUGUCUUAACUGGAAAAUCCUUCUCUUUUUGUCCUGUAGGGACAAGAAUUAUGAGGACUGACUUCAGAAAAUAAAUACAUAUCAUGGUUUGGGAUUUUUUUUAACGUUUAUGAAACUGUUUGAACAUGUGCAGCUCCAGCUUGCAAGCUGUAUUUUUAGCGUAGUUGUUUUAACAUCAUAAGGCUGACAUCUGUCAUAAGCAAA